AUGAAAACCUUAUAUUCCCUGAGGAGGUUCUACCACGUGGAAACGCUCUUUAAUGGAACUUUAGCUUUAGCUGGUCGUGACCAAGAAACCACCGGUUUCGCUUGGUGGGCCGGGAAUGCCCGACUUAUCAAUUUAUCUGGUAAACUAUUGGGAGCUCAUGUAGCCCAUGCCGGAUUAAUCGUAUUCUGGGCCGGAGCAAUGAACUUAUUUGAAGUGGCCCAUUUUGUACCCGAAAAGCCCAUGUAUGAACAAGGAUUAAUUUUACUUCCCCACCUAGCCACUUUAGGAUGGGGGGUAGGUCCUGGGGGAGAAGUUAUAGACACCUUUCCGUACUUUGUAUCUGGAGUACUUCACUUAAUUUCUUCUGCAGUUUUGGGCUUUGGCGGUAUUUAUCAUGCACUUCUGGGACCCGAAACUCUUGAAGAAUCUUUUCCCUUUUUCGGUUAUGUAUGGAAAGAUAGAAAUAAAAUGACCACCAUUUUGGGUAUUCACUUAAUUUUGUUAGGUGUAGGUGCCUUUCUUCUAGUAUUCAAGGCUCUCUAUUUUGGGGGCGUAUAUGAUACCUGGGCUCCGGGAGGGGGGGAUGUAAGAAAAAUUACAAACUUGACUCUUAGCCCAAGUGUUAUAUUUGGUUAUUUACUAAAAUCUCCCUUUGGGGGAGAAGGAUGGAUUGUUAGUGUGGACGAUUUGGAAGAUAUAAUUGGAGGGCAUGUAUGGUUAGGUUCCAUUUGUAUAUUUGGUGGAAUCUGGCAUAUCUUAACCAAGCCUUUUGCAUGGGCUCGCCGCGCACUUGUAUGGUCUGGGGAGGCUUACUUGUCUUAUAGUUUAGCUGCUUUAUCUGUUUGUGGUUUCAUUGCUUGUUGUUUUGUCUGGUUUAAUAAUACCGCUUACCCUAGUGAGUUUUACGGACCUACGGGGCCAGAAGCUUCUCAAGCUCAAGCAUUUACUUUUCUAGUUAGAGACCAACGUCUUGGAGCUAACGUGGGGUCUGCUCAAGGACCUACAGGUUUAGGUAAAUACUUAAUGCGUUCUCCGACUGGAGAAGUUAUUUUUGGAGGAGAAACAAUGCGCUUUUGGGAUCUGCGUGCUCCCUGGUUAGAACCUUUAAGGGGUCCUAACGGUUUGGACUUGAGUAGGUUGAAAAAAGACAUACAACCUUGGCAAGAACGACGUUCGGCAGAAUAUAUGACUCAUGCUCCUUUAGGUUCCUUAAAUUCUGUAGGGGGCGUAGCUACUGAGAUCAAUGCAGUCAAUUAUGUCUCCCCGAGAAGUUGGUUAUCUACCUCUCAUUUUGUUCUAGGAUUUUUCCUAUUCGUGGGUCAUUUAUGGCACGCGGGAAGGGCUCGGGCAGCGGCAGCGGGAUUUGAAAAAGGAAUUGAUCGUGAUUUUGAACCUGUUCUUUCCAUGACUCCUCUUAACUAA